UGCCGCUACAAAAUCCGCCUCCCCUGUGUGUGUGUGUGUGUGUGUGUGAGAGAGAGAGAGAGAGAGAGAGAGAGAGGAGAAAAGAUAUGGUGAACAUCGUUGCAAUAUACAUGACCUUAUUGCAUGGGCUAUUAAAGCUAGCUGGAAUGAGACCACGAGAAGUGGAGAUCCAGCCAGGGACGAUGAUGCACUUCUGGGUUCCAAGAGAAACCAUAGGCAAGCCUGUUGUUGUAUUUCUUCAUGGUUUUGCACUAAAUGGGAUUAUGACAUGGCAAUUUCAGGUGCUUUCUUUGGCCAGAAGUUAUGAAGUUUAUGUGCCUGAUUUCCUCUUUUUUGGAGGCUCAAUCACCGAUAAGGCUGAUCGGUCACCGGCGUUCCAAGCUGAGUGCAUAGCCAAGGGUCUAAGGAAGCUUGGAGUGGACAAGUGCACUUUGGUUGGUUUGAGUUAUGGAGGAAUGGUUGGGUUCAAGAUGGCUGAGAUGUACCCUGAUUUGGUUACAUCAAUGGUUGUAACCUGCUCGGUUAUGGCUCUUACCGAGUCCAUUACUCGUAGCGGUUUACAGAGAAUUGGGUUCUCAUCUUGGGCAGAAUAUUUGCUUCCUGAAACAAGCAAGGGUUUGAAACAAAUGCUGGACAUUGCUAGCUACAAGCUGCCCUGGCUGCCUAAUUUUGUUUACAAACAUCUUUUGGAGGUCAUGUUUGAUAAUAGGAAGGAGAGAACUGAACUUUUGGAGGCAUUAAUCACAAGGGACAAGGACUUUAGCAUUCAUGGCUACUCACAGAACAUUCAACUUUUGUGGGGAGAAAAUGACAUACUUUUCAAACUGGAAGACGCUCAUAAUUUGAAAGGGCAACUAAAAGGCAAAGCAACAUUGCAUUCCAUAGAGAAGGCAGGCCACCUGGUUCCUAUAGAGCGACCAUUUGCUUACAAUACCCUCCUCAAGAAAAUUCUGGCCUCUUUCUGUGAAGAUGAAAAGCAGAAAUUGUGAAGAACAACAAUUAGCAUUUUAUUGUCAUUGAGUAGUUUGCUUGCCAUCAAACAGUACUAAUCUGAUGUAAUUUCUUUUUUGAGUUGGGAAAUAAAGAUAAAUUAGCAAUCCAACCAAUAUCAUAUGUUAGGAUAGAAAUCAUCCCUAGAAAAUGGGAACUAACCAAUGAUGAAAAUUAAUUUACACAGAUAAUAUA